CUUCUCCACCUCCUGCACCUGGACCUGGGCCUGGAGGGGACUCUCCUUACCGACAUCCUCUAUAGGGACGUGGCCUUCCUCAACUUGGUCGACCCCAUCUCCCAUGACUUGCUGGUGAACCUGGCCCGGGACCUGCAGUGCCCCAAGAAGGACUUGGAGCUCUGGAAGUCCUCAGACAAGAUCUGCCGGCAGCUCAUCUACCACCUCACCCCUCACUCCAAGCAGCAGCGAGGGUCCAGCCUGCCCCAGAGGAAGACCCAGAGCCGCCUCAAGAGCAGCCUCCAGAAGAUUCCACCGGCAGGAGAGACGGUGGACCUUUCGGGCAUCCCACUGUCGGCACGGGAUGUGCAGCACAUCACUCACUACCUGGGCAACCAUGGCACUGGGCUGGCGGUGUUGGACCUGAGCUUCACUGGGCUGAGUGACGGGCUGCUGCGCCUGCUGCUUCCCAGCCUGUGGGUGCUGCCCCAGCUCACCCAGCUCCUGCUCAAUGGCAACCGGCUAACACGGGCCACCGCACGUGAGCUCACUGAGGCCAUCAAGGACACCACCAAGUUCCCUGCGCUGGCCUGGGUGGACCUGGGCAACAACGUGGAUGUGGCCUCCCUGCCCCAGCCCCUGCUGGUUGGGCUGCGCCGGCGGCUGAGCCAGCGCACCUCACUCCCCACCAUCUACGAGGGCCUGGACCUCGAGCCUGGGAGCAGCACGGCCGAGGCCACCAGCCCUGCCUCUACGUGGGACUCUGCAGCUGCUGGGCCAGGAUCUGAGCCCCAGGUCUGCUGCGUCAGGUGACCCGCCACCCAUCUGGCUCACGGCUACUGACUGUGAUGCUCUCAAGCACAUCGGACAGCAGGUGAUGGAGGCCAGGAGGCUCGACAGGCCCCCAGAGACCCAGUACAAAUGCUCAGCCUGGACUAAGGGGACAGAAGGGGAGUGGACUCACAGGAGGUCGCUGGGCAGCUCAGGCUGGAGUCUUAGCCUUCCUUCAGCAAGAGGGGCUCGAGCACCUACAAUGUGGACACCACAAUAAAGGGUGACACCCGUUCCCGCCUUUCUGCA